CCCAAAUGGAACGGAUAACCACCAAAACCUUAAAGUUAAUUAUCUCUUUCAUUCCCACCCAUCCCCUCAUAAUUUCCCAUUUCUCAUACUCAACCAAAACCUCUCUCAAUUCCAUGUUCAAGAACAAAACUUGUAUUGGAGUAGGAAAAAUUAAAGGAGGACAAACAAUCAGCAACUACUGCACAUGGAACAUUUUGAAAAAUUUAACUGUUCCAUUGUAGUCACUAUAUUAAUAAAUAGUUACUAUUAAUUCAAAUAGGAAGAAUAGUUUUGAUUUUGAUAUAAAUUUACAACAGUGACCAGAAAAUAAGAUGGCGACGACAAUAGGAAUGACGCCUAACAAAACGGAAGACACGAUCGUGUGUUAUGCUCCGACCAUGAUAACAACCAACGGUAUUUGGCAAGGAGAUAAUCCUUUGGAUUACUCUCUUCCUCUAUUCAUCUUGCAGCUGACUUUAAUUGUGGUCACCACUCGCACAUUGGUUGUCCUUCUCAAACCCUUUCGUCAACCUAGAGUUAUCUCUGAAAUCAUGGGUGGUGUGUUAUUGGGGCCGUCAGUACUGGGACGCAAUGCAAGAUUUGCCAACACAAUAUUUCCUCUAAGAAGUGUGAUGGUGCUUGAGACAAUGGCAAAUGUUGGUCUGCUUUACUUCCUCUUCCUGGUUGGAGUGGAGAUGGACCUUUCGGUUAUUCGACGAACAGGGAAAAAGUCCCUUGCCAUUGCAGUUGCUGGAAUGGUGUUGCCAUUCAUAAUUGGCGCAUGCUUUUCUUUCAUUCUUCAUAAAAAGGAUGAGAGCAUGACACAAGGCACUUACAUACUCUUUCUAGGUGUAGCUCUCUCUGUAACUGCAUUUCCAGUUCUGGCCAGAAUACUUGCAGAGCUCAAACUCAUUAACACCGAGCUCGGCAGGAUUGCCUUAUCUUCUGCUCUCAUAAAUGACAUGUGUGCUUGGAUUCUCCUCGCUUUGGCCAUUGCCUUAGCUGAAAACCGUGCUAGCUCCUUGGCUUCCCUCUGGGUCAUACUUUCAAGUGCAGCUUUUGUUGCCUUUUGUGUUUUGAUCGUCCGACCAAUUAUAUCAUGGAUGGUUCGAAGAACGCCAGAGGGAGAAAGUUUCAGUGAGUUCAAUAUAUGUCUCAUCCUCACUGGAGUCAUGAUCUCAGGAUUCAUCACAGACGCCAUUGGAACUCAUUCUGUUUUUGGAGCUUUUGUGUUUGGCCUAGUUAUACCAAAUGGACCUCUUGGCGUUACUCUUAUAGAGAAGCUAGAGGAUUUUAUUUCGGGGCUUUUACUCCCUCUAUUCUUUGCAAUAAGUGGGCUUAAAACUGAUGUGUCAACUAUCCAAUCAAUUGGAACUUGGGGAUUUUUAAUGCUCAUCAUAUUUCUUGCCUGCGCUGGCAAAAUUGUUGGAACUCUUCUUGUUGCCAUGUAUUACAAAAUGACAAUUCACGAAGGAUUCACUCUUGGUUUUCUCAUGAACUCUAAAGGCCUCGUUGAAAUGAUAGUCCUCAAUGUCGGAAGAGAUCAAAAAGUCUUAGAUGACGAGUCCUUUGCAAUUAUGGUAAUUGUAGCAGUGAUAAUGACCGCAAUUAUCACGCCAGUUGUCACAUCAAUAUAUAAGCCAGCAAGGAAGUUCGUACCUUAUAAACGAAGAACAAUUCAAAGGUCAAAACCAGACGCAGAGUUACGAGUAUUGGUUUGCAUCCACACCCCUCGAAAUGUGCCAACAAUCAUCAACCUUCUUGAAGCUUCACACCCCACCAAAAAAUCUCCUAUAUGCGUAUAUGUUCUCCAUUUAGUUGAACUCACUGGCCGUGCAUCUGCAAUGCUCAUAGUUCACAACACGAGGAAAUCCGGCAGACCAGCUCUUAAUAGAACACAGGCCCAGUCAGAUCACAUCAUCAAUGCCUUUGAGAACUAUGAGCAACACGCUGGUUGUGUUACUGUCCAACCUCUCACUGCCAUUUCUCCUUACUCCACAAUGCAUGAAGACAUUUGCAACUUGGCUGAGGACAAACGAGUAGCCUUCGUUAUCAUUCCUUUCCAUAAACAACAAACGGUUGAUGGUGGAAUGGAAGCUACAAAUCCAGCAUUCCGGAUGGUGAACCAAAAUGUACUAGCUAAUGCACCUUGCUCAGUUGGCAUUCUUGUUGAUAGAGGGCUAAGUGGCUCCACACGCUUAGCUGCAAACCAAGUGACUCAUCAUAUAGCAGUGAUAUUCUUUGGGGGACCAGAUGAUAGAGAAGCAUUGUCUUAUGCUUGGAGAAUGUCUGACCAUCCAGGGACAAGUCUCACAGUUUUGCGCUUCAUUUCGGGUGAGGAUGAUUCUAAUGUAGUGCAACCUCGUGACAAUCUUAAUGACCCGAGAAUGUUAACAGUUGAAACAGAUGAUGCAAUGGAAAGGCAUCUGGAUGAUGAGCUUGUGAAUGAUUUUAGGACAAAAACCAUGAACGAUGAAUCAAUUAUGUAUAGUGAGAAGUUGGUGAAUAAUGGAGAGGAGACAGUAGCAGCAAUAAGGUCAAUGGACAAUAUCCAUGACUUGUUCAUCGUUGGAAGAGGACAAGGAAUGAUAUCACCUCUCACAGCUGGACUCACAGACUGGAGUGAAUGCCCAGAACUUGGUGCAAUUGGGGAUCUGCUUGCAUCAUCGGAUUUCGCAGCAACAGUGUCUGUGUUGGUUGUACAACAGUAUGUUGGUGCAGGGCCAAAUGAAGGCAUUGGACAACCUGACAGCCCAGGACAUCCGGAUGAACAAUAUUCCAAUAUGCAGAAUAUGAACCACAGGCCACCACCAAGAGGACAAAAUAUAUUCAACUCUUAAAACUAUACCACUUGUGUUGUGGUGCUCCAAAAGCCUCUGCAAACUCGGAUAACAUAUAGAAUAUAUGAAAACUUUUUCUUUCUUAUGUAAUGCACCUUUUGUUGACAUUGAACAUGUAAUCAUACAGUCUAAAACUAGGUUCAUUUUCAUUUAAUUAGAGCCAUUUUUUCCCUUUCUUUUUAAUAUUUUCUUGAUAACCUAUUUCAAUAGUGGGAGGCCUUUUAUUCGUACAUUUUAAUUUGUAGGAAAAUCAAACUGGCUUUUGGUGUAAA